AAAAUUCAAAAUGGCGGUAAACUCAACGGACUGAAAGAGACUGACAAUGCAAGUCUCUCUACUUUAAUUUGUCGCUUUGAGGCUAGUACACGUCAAAGAAGAAAAGAUUUUCUUUACCAUGACUACUGGAGACCUAAAAAACAACCUUCGAAAGUUUGUUUCAGAGCUGAAACAAGUUCACUUCCCUCAAAGUGAACUUGACCUCAAAGGAAUUGCGCAGGGAGUUCCAAAAGCGUUUCUUCCAGUUGUUCAUCAUGUCUUUCUGGAUUACUCAAUUUCUUUGGCCCAGUACUUUGCCAAUAAAGAGUACGACCUGUAUGGGAAAACAGAUUCGAGGUUCAUGGAAGCUGUAUACAAAGUUCUUCGAGACGAAUUUGGUUAUAAACCUCAAAUUACAAAAGAACAGUUUCUUACAAUCGGCUUUGCGGAAAGAAAGAUCCUCUCUCUUUGUGAAAUUCUGAAGCUUCUGAGAGGAAAACAUGAUGAGCUUAAUCCCAAAACCAAGAGUGAAAGAAAGCGGGGAAGGAACAUUUCACACCUGACCAGUAAAGGUACCACGGAGAAAGAAAGUUCUUCAGUUAUUAAAGACGUUGUAGCCAGAUAUGAUUACUUUCCUGGGCCACUUCCAGUGAAUACAGACAUGAAAAGAUUUCAGAGCAACAAAGAAGCAACAGAAGCUGGCUUGGGGUUAACAGAACCUCUUGUAACUCGAGUGAUUCCUGAUGAGGAUCAUACCAUUAUGAAUAGUGAAGAUGCUACAAGAUGUUGCUCUAAAACAGCUGGCAAAGAUGACAGUCAUCAAAGCAGUGGUACUGUUCCAUCAAAUUUGGUUGUUAAAUCUGUUAGUGAUGAACGCUAUUUUGGUGUUAAAUUUCCGGUGUCAAGAAACCUAGAAAUUAGAUCAAAUUUUUGUCAACAGCCUCAGUUGAACUGGAUUACUGGACAUUCUCAGGGGAAGUCAGUAACUAGGGAGGAUCAAUUUACAGAAUCUCAACCCAAGCAAACCAAAUCAGCAGAAGCACUUCCCUUAGAAGUUCCAUUAUCCUUUGGACCAAAUCCUUCAAUCUCUGUACCAGCAAGAAUUCACACCAUUCCUUAUUCAGAGAGAUCAGUGUUGUCUUAUCCAAUGGACUUGGAUACUACUGUCAACGUGCGAACAAGGCCUCAAUCUAUUCCAUCACCAGUAUCCAUGACAACAGCCCCUACACCAAGUCCUGACUUGAUGCUUACACCUGUCAUUAAGGGAGUUCAUCAUUCCACUGUUCCUAUUUUAAGCUGCCAAAGAGAGUCAGAUUUACAGGCAUACAAAGUCCCAGUAGUAGAAGAUAACCUUCCAGCCACAAAAGUUUUACGACAUUCAAAUUCAUCUGAAGCUGUUUCAAAUGUUGCUGUUUCAGCACAUCCAUCUUCAAGUGCUGAGAAUGUGACCCAGGUUGUUGUCCUCAAACAACUAGUUCAGGAAUUACAAGAGAAGUUUGAUGCUAUGACCUUGUUAAACAAUGAAAUGUCAGCCCGAGUGGUGCUUCUGGAGAGCAGAAUGAAGCUUCUUGAAGAAGCCUGUGAGAAAAAACCAUGCUGUUCUUGUAAUAAUCACCCACCAACAAGCAAAGAGAGUACUUUACAAAAAGACAUUGUGGCAGUUGUGUCUGGUUUUAAUCUUCAUGGUGACAAAAAUUUAGCUACAAAUGCAUUGACAAAUGAAGAAAUCAACAAUCAUACAGGGAAUCACAAAACUGGGCUUAAGCAAAAUACCACUAGUAGGAAACUGUUUAAAGAAAUAGUAACAUCAGCUGGCAGUGGAGGUAACGCAGUUUUAGAGUCGUCCCAUGACAACACACCAUCUACUUCGGACAAGUCUGAUAAUGACCAUGAUGAUGAUGAUGAUGAUAAAGAGAAUAAAAUAAACUGUGAAGAAACACCAAGCAAAAGUAAAACUGUUUCAUCAAGCGAGCAAGAUGACGUUAUUGUUAUUAGCCCACUUCCGUCAGCUUCAAAACUUUCAGAGGUUUUUGCUGACUCCACAACCAAGAACACAGUAGUGAAUGUUCAUAAGAGGCUUCAGGAGACAAGAGAACUACUUGCAAGGACUAACAGGGAUUUUGCAGCAAAAUUUAACCACUUCCAACUUGAAUGAUAUUAUCUGUUUAGUGUGAAUGAUUCUGAAGGGACAUGACAAGAUCAUUUUAUUGUUUACAAAUUCCGCUCAUCAAGGAAGUUAUGUCCUGAGAUCACAAUAAUUCAGCACUCAGUUAUUGAGCUAACAGGAUCAUAACCGACAUUGAUUACUGCACAUUCAUACACCGUAGGCUGCAAUAAAUUCCCUAUGCUGCCAAUUGAAACCUUUUUACCCUGGUCAAUGUUAUUCUUGUCUUAUGACUGAAAAUAUCAAAUUAGGUUGUCACCACUGAAACAAUAAAAUUAAUUUAACAUGCAUGCAAUCACAUUGUCAGCGUAUAAGAAAGUCGUGUCCGAUAGGUUGGGGCUAGUGGAUUUUGCUAUCAGGCUAGUGAAUUCCAUUAUUAACUUCCCAAUGGGCAAGUGAAGUUUUUUGAGGAAUUCAAAUUACAGAAGAACGGUGAAAUCAAUCUGCUCAUCAAAAAGUUUUUGGGGCUAGUUGAAAUGAUGUUUGGGGUAGUAAAUGUUAGCUUCGGCUUGCCAGAAUAGCAAGCUGUAAAAGUGACUUUCUUUGCACCCUGCAUUUGUGUUAUUCAUAUACUCAGGCAAAUUACAGGUACUGAAUGAGUGCAGAUACAAAGAUUCCAGUGUUUUAAGAGCUUAACGUUUUGUAUUACUUAAAUUUGACCAUGUUUGAGUCUUUGGGCUUUAGUGCAGUGAGUUCACAAGUUACAUCAUGGCUUGCAUGCAUUAAUAAAUAAGAAUGUAGGAAUUGCACAAAAUGUGUAACUUGGGGCUUGACUAUAUGCAUUAACUUCUUAGGUUGAAGUCUAUUUGCUGUUUCACUGUUUGCUUUACAGAAAGCAUAAGUCUUGGAGGAAUAGAUGACACAGACAUAAACUAUUGCCAAACAACUGUGUUAUGAUAACAAACUCACAAGUAUUGUAUUCUUUGACAGUGAUAAUAGAAAGAGUGAAUUAAAAUCAUAACUAGAAAUAUUGAUAUGCUGC